AUGGGUCGCUCUAAUACCCUGAAUAAUCAGGGUCUUGAGACCCUUCUUCAAAAUCUCGAAGUUGACGGUCCUCUUCCCGUCUUUCCAAGCAUCUCAUCUUAUCCACUAGAAAAUCCUAUGGAUAUAUACAGACUUUAUCUGACGCACGCUACAAACCAAAUUAUUGAAUGCGACUCCGCAAACAUAUACGACAGUCUUCAACGCCCUACCAACGCAUCAAAAUGCGAUCUAACUCUAGUUGUUCCUCGUUUGGGUAUUCGAGUGAAAAAACCAGAUGAAUUUGCAGUAGAAAUUGCUUCAAAGUUUCCGAAAUCUCCUUUAUUUACUGUGAUACCACCCUCUGGCAUCUGGGUCCCUGUCAGUUUUUCGCCUAAGACCUUGCCACUUUUACUCCUACCUUAUGUCUUUGAUCGAGAGAAAACUUAUGGCUGGAAUCUAUCAUAUGGUCUCAAGUACGAAACUAAUAUCAGUACGCCCCGAAAAAAAGUUGUUGUGGAAUUCUCCUCUCCCAACAUCGCGAAGGAGUUCCAUGCGGGCCAUCUGCGAAGCACCAUCAUUGGAGCGUUCAUUUCAAAUCUUUAUGAAAGCAUGGGCUGGGACGUUGUCAAAGUCAACUAUCUUGGCGACUGGGGAAAGCAGUUCGGUCUCUUAGCAGUCGGAUGGCAGCGAUAUGGAUCUGAAGAGCUGUUCAAACAAGAUCCUCUAGGUCAUCUGCUUGAUAUUUAUGCCCGGAUCAACAGAGAGUUUAAGCCAGAACAAGACGCGAGUAGGGACGCCCGUGAUAAGGGCCUCGAUACCGAAGAGAUCGAGUCAAAAGGGUUAUAUGCCGAACGAAAUUAUUUCUUCAAAAGAAUGGAAAAUGGUGACGAAGAAGCUUUAACUUUAUGGCGGCGUUUCAGGGAUGUCAGUAUUGAGCGGUACAUUUCAACAUACGCCCGGUUGAACAUCACAUUCGAUGAAUAUUCUGGUGAAUCUCAAGUACAGUCCUCUACAACGGAAAAAGUCGAGCGAAUUCUACAGGAAAACGGAAUUUGUGAAGAAGACAAUGGAUCUUCGAUCAUCAACUUCAAGAAACAUGGGGCACCAAAACUUGCCUCCACAGUCAUUCGAAAUCGGACUGGGACCACCACGUAUCUUCUCAGGGAUGUUGGGGCCGUUUUGGAGAGAGCAGAGAAAUACGAUUUCGACAAAAUGAUAUAUGUCGUAUCGGCUGAGCAGGAUCUUUAUUUCCAACGACUUUUCAAGACGGUGGAGUUGAUGGGAUUUCCAGAACUUGCGUCUAAGCUCCUUCACAUCAACUUUGGGAAGGUUCAGGGCAUGUCGUCAAGAAUGGGAACGGUGAGACUCCUGAGUGAUAUUCUCAACGAAAGCGGGAAAGCUAUGCAUGAAUUAAUGAAGGCCAACGAAGUAAAAUAUGCGCAAGUCGAAAACCCAAAAGACAUUUCAGACAUCAUUGGUAUAACCGCAGUCAUGGUUCAAGACAUGUCCGGUAAACGCGUUCACAAUUACCCAUUUGACAUGACGCGAAUGACUUCUUUUGAAGGGGAUACAGGUCCGUAUUUACAAUAUGCUCACGCUCGCCUUUCUUCAAUCAUCAGAAAAACCGAACUUGGUCGAGAUGACUUGGCCAAUGCAGAUUUCAGCUAUUUGGAAGACAACCAACACGUCACGUAUUUACUUCGUCUGAUCGCACAAUGGCCUGAUGUCGUUGCUACGGCACUAAAAAAUCAUGAACCAUCGACCAUCCUGACUUAUCUUUUCAAUCUCACCCAUCAGAUUUCCUCGAGCUACGACAUCGUCAAGGUCGUAAAUGCUCCUGAAGGCCCUGACGUUACCCGUGCUCGAGCUUCUCUAUUCGAAGCUGCCCGCCAAGUACUAAACAAUGGGAUGCGACUCCUUGGGAUAACACCUGUUGAUCGGUAUAUUCUACCCUAUAUGAUGGAGCCCAUUCCUUUGACUGCUCACCAUGGAGAUUGCCCCUUGUUUUUCUCUAUCUUUGAAACAUCUAUUUGGAAUUUACUAACAGGAUUGCAGAAUGUGAGAGCAGGAAACAGACUUUUCCAUUUUUUUAAAAACAACACGAGUCGAUACACGCGAGACAUCAGUUAG